GAACUGAACGACUGAACUAAAUGACCUACAAUCAGAGAUUUAGUUCGUAAAUAGUUCAAACGAACUUAAUCUGAACGAUUCAAUACAACUCUACGAAGAAGCAAAAGCAAUAAAAAAAAGAGGAAAACAAGCAGCAAAUAUGUUUGAUAUAACGAGGCAGCGGAAGAGACAAAAAUUAUAAAUUAGUGUAGAGAAAAAAUUUGCCCAGUGUGCGAAGAGAGGCAACGUUGCAUUCAUUAAUUGAGUAAAAAGGGGAUAAAGCUCAAUAAGCAAUGAACAGCAGCAACAACAACAAUAACAGCAGCAGCAUGCUAUACCCGGAAUUCGAGGAAGAGGAGGAGGAGCUCAGCGGGUCUUACAACAUCAAUGAAAAUGGUAACCAGUUGAGCGACUGCAGCAGCAGCAACAGCAGCGCCUCCAGUAGCAGCGGCAAAACGGCAAGCAGUUCCAGCAGCUCCAACUCGAGCGACGAUGACGACGACGGGGAUGAGGAUGCUGACGAGGAUGCCUCUGAUCAGGACAUGCGUACGGAUUCCGAUACGGAUGAUGGCACCACCACGCAAUCGGACGAGUUGGAGUUGGCUCAGCUCAAUAGUAGUCACCUAUUUCGGCUGCCUCGUGGUCUCUGCGAGAGUGCGAGCAUAUUCCACGAAUUCUUCUCCGUGGAGACCUGGCAACUGUUGCCCAACAACAUGCAGGCCCAACUGCAGCCGUUGUUACCCAGCUAUGCCGCAUUCCUCAGUCCCCCGCAGGCAGCAGCUGAGCAGCAGCGCACCUUGCUGCAACUCUUUAAUGGUGGACUCCAACGCUUUGGACAGUCACCUUUACUCCGGCUGCAGCAUCAGCUGGAGGAGGGCAGUCUGCGACCAGAUGUACUCCAGCUGCGUCUCAGCAUUGAGCGAUCACAGCGGCGGGAACGUCGCUUCCAACAUGCUGAACGUCUCAGUCGUCUGGCCAAGGAGUUGUUUCUCUCCCGGGAACAGAUGCUGCAGCAGGUCUAUGCCAUGGCACCGCCGCCGAAUGCCGCCGGCUUCGAUAGGUUUAAGGUGCAGUCACGCUCACGUAAACGGAAGACGCCCACUCUGCACAGGGAGAACAAGUUCUGUGUGGAGCGUGCACGUAAACGCUACUGCCAGGAGCUUGUGGAGCUGACACGGGAUCUGCAGCUGCAGCCCGGCGAUAUAAGUGCUGAUGAGCACGACGAGGAAGCGGCACAGUUGGCAAUCAUUGCAGAGGAGCAGCAGCUGAAAAUGGAUACAACCACUCGACCAUCAAAUGCGGCUGACAAGAAAUGCAUUUACAGUACCUUCUUCAAGCGUCGUCCUGGCCUCGAGGAUGAACUCGUCCUGCGCAGCAUGCAGGCGGAUAAGAUGCAGCCCCUCAACGAGAGGAAUUUCAAGAAAUACUUAAGAGACUACAAACGACGGAAACUGCAGCAACCGCAAUUGCCGGACUUUGACACGGCUGACAUUCGACUGCGGGAUAUUUGCACUCGAGCCCAGUUCGUGGGCAACUUCAAGCCGGGACGGAAACCGAAGGCGCUCACAGCGCGCUUGAAUCAUAGUGUUAAUGAGUUGCCGGCUUUGGUUCCCAUUGGCGGCAAUGCAGCUAAAGUGGAACCAAUGGCGGAACUGCUUACGGAUGAGCCACAGCAGCUGUACGGCCGCGCUGCCCUGGAGCCAGACGAGGAGGAGCUGGAACGAGAGCUGCAGGAGCAGGCGGGGGCGGUGGCGGUGGCAGGAGCGAGGGUGGAGGCGGUAAAGAUAAUUGCGCCCACAACAGGAAUCGUUGAGUUGCCCAAACUGGAACCGUUUGCGGCGCGAACGGUGAUUAGCAGCUCACCCAAAGCGCUGGUCAAAGCUGGCGCACAUAUCACAGGCAGUCCGACCAGGGAUCUAACAACGACAUCGUCAUCGCCAUCGAUAUCCACACCAACAACAACAGCAACAUCGACAUCAACGCCACGUGUCCAUGCCUGUUACUUUUCCUUGUUGCGGGAUCAAUUUGUGGCGACGCCACAGCAUCGAUUAACCUAUCCGGAGCUGCAGACGCAACUGGUCAAGUGGAGGGCAGAGAGUUGCCAGUCGGGCUUGCCAGAUUGGCUGCGUCUAUUGCCUGCCGACUGGACGCAGAUGCUGCAAUCCGCCGUCAACUUCCUGUCCGGCGACUUUGUUACGCUGCCAGCGGAAUAUGUGCCGUAUAUUGAGCACAAGACGCAGUUGGGCAUUUAUCAAUGGAUUGGAGCUGGCCGGGAUUCCGAUGCGCGUCUCCAAACGUUGUGUCAGUAUUGGUUGCAGCGGCGCAAGGAGGAGAUUGGAGUACAACAACUGCAACAGCAGCAACAACAACAGCUGCUACAACAACAGCAACAGUUGAGCCCGUUAAUUGCUGCUGUGGAUGCCACGCCCACACCCGCGCCCCGUUGCCCCACCAGUUGGACAGUGCGUGUGGCGACACAGGAGGAAAUGCUGGAGUUCCAGCGACAGGAGCGUUUGCGCUUCGAGCAACCACAUCGACCCUUUACGUACCGGAUGCACGGAUACGAGAGUGUCGUCGGACCCGUCAAGGGCAUCUACACGCAGAGUCUGGCGCUGAACAAGGCACGUGGUCAUGCUGUCAUGGUGGACGAUCGACCACCGUAUGUGACCAUAUUGACGCUAGUGCGGGAUGCCACCGCCCGGCUGCCCAACGGCGAGGGAACACGCUCGGAAAUAUCCGAGCUGUUGAAGUGCUCACAGUUCAUCAAUCGGCAGGCGGCGGAGAAUGUGUUGCAGACGAUUGUGAGCGGGGCCUUGGAUCGGAUGCAUGGCGGUGUGGAUCCAUGUGUGCGCUAUGAUGCACGCCGCAAGAUCUGGAUCUAUUUGCAUCGCAAUCGCAAUGAGGCGGACUUUGAGCGGAUGCAUCGACAGAAUCAAUCGAUGGUCAAGCAGAAGCAACAACAGCGCAGGCACAAUAACAACAAGCCAAAGAAGGACGAAGCAGGCGAGGCGGGACAAGAGCUGCCAGCUCUGGUUGUGGCCACUCCAACACCAACUCCAACGCCAGUUGCAACUGGUACACUUAUUAAGAAGCAUCCUCAGAUGCUGCAGGUCAAGUGCCCGCCAGUGCCGCCGCUCAAGUAUCACAUACCUCCCAACAAUAUCGGGACACCGCCAGCUGCAACUUCAAUUCCAACUCCUACUCCUACUACAGUCAUGCCCCACCAGAAAUCGCUGCUGAAGUCCACACAGCGUAGCGGUGUUGUCACUAUUGUGGACAGAUCCUCGACAGCUUCAGUAGCUUCAGUCGCUGCCACAGCAACUGUGCAACUGAUGAAAACUUCACCAAAGCAGCAACAACAACAACCACAACCGCAGUUGGGACACAACUUUAGUUCAACCCGCAAUACCACGCCCAUUUUGGUGUCCACUCCAAGUGGUCUGCAAACGGUGCAUGUGGCAGCAACGCCCAACAAGAAGCUGGCUAUCAAGAAGCCCAUUGUUAUCAAUUCCCCCUCACAAACACCCUCCUCAUUGGGAUCUGCAGCUGGAUCAGGAGUAGGAGCAGCAGUAGGAUCAGCAACUGGUGGCAGCUUUAUUGUGCCACUGGAGCAACAGCAGCAGCAGCAGCAGCCACAACUGCAUUCAAUUGGAAACAAGAUAUCGCCAGUUCGACAACAAAUGCCCAAAAAUAUUAUACGAUUGUUGCCAGCUGGAGGAGGCACUGCAUCAUCAACUACCACGGUGGCAACGAAGCCAUCCGUUGUACAGCUGCCACACACAGUUGCCACUAAACCGACUGCAUCCACUGUGCAAAUCCUUGGACCUCGCAUGCUCGCUCAGACCACAGUGCGUCCGUUGCAUCAGAAGAUUGGCGCCGUCUCCAUUGUGAGCAACAACAAGGCAACGAUCGGUGGCAGUCCCAUUGUCAAUGCCACAGUCGGAAGCGGCACCGGAAGCGGCACCAUCGUUAAGAUGUCCCCGCAGGCAUUUGCAAAACUGCAACAGCAGCAGCUCAAGCAAAAGGCGAAUCAAGCUAAUCCCGCCCAGAAUCAACAACAGCAACAGCGGAUACUCGUGGGCAACACGGCAAUAUCGUCGAACAAAAAUAUUGUGUUCCAGGCGCUGCCAAAAGCGGCGCCCAAAAUACUCAGCAGCAUGCCGGGUCAGGCCAAGCCGUUGGCCACCGCGAAUCUCUCGCCGCAGCAGCAGCGGAUUGUGCUGCAAAGCUUCAAGCAGCCGGCGGCAACAGCAGCUGCUGCCUCGCAGACAACAACGCGAAUCAUACGGACAACGCCAGUGUCAACGACAACAACAUCCGGUGCCACGCCCACAGUCACGACACAAGGCGGUCACAUAAUAACACUGGACAGUUUGUUGCAGAAAUCAAUGCCGGGUAAACUGUUAACCGCUGGCAGCAACAACAUCAUCCAGCUGGCCACAUCGACAGCCACUGGCAAUGUCAUCACGAUGUCGCCCAAUGGUCAAACACAGCAGCAGCUGUCCAAGCAGCUGCCAGCGACGGCGCGGAUUGUGACCACCGGACAUGCUACGACAAUGGUGCCAAAGAUCAUUGGUAAGACAACAGUUGUACCUGGUAAGCCGUUGCUGCUGCAUGCCAAGACCCUGAAACUGGGCAGCAAUUCGGGGGCAACUACACAAACGACGGCGGCGACAACGCUGGCCACAGGCGCCAUGAAGACAACGCCACAAAGUAUUGUAAUUGGAGGUCAAACGAUGAAAAUUCAGGGAGCGACCAUUCCAGCGCGCAAUGCGGCAGGUGCACCCGUUCAGACUGUCAUCAUGGGCAACCAGCUGCUCCGACUGGCCACAAGCAGCAGCAGCAACAACAACACCAAUAGCACAACAACCAGCAGUAAUAGCCUGCCCAGCACAUCGAGCGGAAUUGCGAGUUCACCCAAAACGCUGCUCAUUAACGCAGGAGCGGCACAGACGUUGCGUCUUGGCAAGAAUGUGCUGCUGGCUACCAGCAAUGUUGCAUCCACGACAACAACAGCAACAGCAGUGACAACAACUGCAACACCUGCCAAUAAUCUUGUAUUUGCUGUCCAGGGCAAUGGAGGGCAAUUGUUCUUCUCACCCGGACUGCAGGGCGUCAACUUAAAACCACUGUCCAGCAUGAAAGUGAUACCCAUGUCGUCGUCGGCAUCAACAGUUGCCGUCAACAGCGGCGUUAAAUUGAAUAAUGUGGCAACAACCACAGCAACAUUGAACACCAAAUUGUUGCCCACAGCUGUGCUUAAAACGGCAAGUGGAGGUCAUGGCAAUUAGAUGCAAAGAGCAGGAAUCGAAGACGAAGGAGGAAGAGGUAGAGGCAGAGGAGGCAGAGGCUUGUUAACUACGUUGUUUACUUUAUCAGUUGUUUGGAUUUAACAUUAUCAUUUAUACAUAUAACUUUAUAUAUAUAUUAGUAAUUUAAGCAAAAAGUUUAACAUAAAUAUUUUGCUUCUUAUAAAUUAGAUGAAUUGAUGAAUUUAUUGGAAAUCUAAUAUUAUAUCAUCGAAACAAACAUAAUGAGUCGAAUUGUACCAAAA